AUGGCACAGCCUGCUUCAGAUGAGGCUUCCUCAUCCCAGGCCGCGAUGCCGGGGUCCAAGAAUGGCGGUUCCCAGCCUGCGUCACGGGCUGCCACGCCUGCCGCCAGAAUAUCGCCAGCGGUGGUGUCCAACUCAUUCCAAGCCAUCAAUCAUCAACGCGUUCCCGAAAAUGGUCGUGUUGGCAGUCCCGCGACCAACUUACAGCGCGAAACCCCAUCUGACCUGACACCACCGGCCCGCGAGUCUGCGGUGGCACAGGACGCUCCACAAACAGCAGAAACUUCUGCAAUUGCAUCGACCUCGCAGUCUGCUACGAAAAUGUCUUCGCAGGUUGAUGGUUCGGACGCCACCAUGGACGCAACUUACGGCACACGGUCACGAAAUCGUACCAAUAAUCGACCAAAUUAUGCCGAGGACCAGGAAAUGGAUUUCGAAAUGUCAUCGGCUGGAAAGAAGAAGGCGGCCGAGCCCUCCUCUAAUGGCGUCCCGGAGCCGCAGUCUUCUUCGCACGCGACUGCUGGGAGUAGUAACAAAGCCCCAGCUACGGGCGCCAAAGAUGCGACUCCCUCGACGUCUAGCGGCGCGACUUCAGCCCCGUCUAGGAAGCGGAAGGCAGCCGCUGCUCCCACAUCAGCGCUGCAAACGCCCGCAGUAUCUUCCACGCCACCUCCAUCUGCGUUGCGAAAGGGCAUGCCUUUGUCAGCGUCGGCGAAUGCGGCAGCAUCSGCUACCGCGAGAGAGACUAACAUCAUGACUUUUGGGAAAAGCAGAAGCUGUCUCAACAAAAAGGCCGAACUCGUGGCUGACGACGGAACAAAACUGGGCGUCAACGAUCACGUGUACCUUGUUUGCGAACCACCAGGCGAGCCAUAUUAUCUUUGCCGAAUUAUGGAAUUCCUACACGUCGAUACCGAUAACCCCAAUUCGCCUGUUGAUUCGAUACGCGUAAACUGGUAUUACCGCCCUCGCGAUGUACAACGAUUCAGCACCGAUACGCGGUUGGUGUUUGGUACGAUGCACUCCGAUAUGUGCCCACUCACGUCGUUGCGUGGAAAAUGCACCAUCAAGCACCGCUCCGAGAUUGAGGAUUUGGAAGCCUAUCGCAAAGAACGCGACUCGUUCUUCUUCGUGCAAGUUUUCGAUCGUUUCAUCAGACGAUCGUACGAAUGCAUUCCUGUGCAGCAAAUUAUCAACGUCCCGGAAAAGGUCAAAAAGGCACUGGACGAGCGAUGGAAGUUUGUUGUUGUUGAGAUUGGCCGAGUUAAAGAGCUGACCAGUGCUGCCAAAACAUGUAAACGCUGUGCGAGGUAUUGUGCGUCCACCGACUCUGUGGACUGUGCAAUUUGUAAGAAUGCAUAUCACAUGAACUGUGUUCAGCCGCCGCUCCCCAAGAAGCCAUCGCGUGGGUUUGCAUGGGCUUGUGGGCCUUGCAGUCGAGCUUCGGAGAAGAAAUUGGACCACAGUACACCUACCGGAACGGAAGUGGACGACGACGAGCCUGUGGAGGAGGAAGAAGUGCCCACAGGCUCUAAUGACACCACUCGAGCACCUAGCCCGAGCGGGUCUGAUAUGGUCAUCGACGAUCAUCCCGCAACUCAAGCCGAGAUUGCUCUGGCGAAAAUGUGGCCGAUGAGAUAUCUGGGAAUUCAUGCUCGGGUGGAAGACGCUCUACAGUACGAUGACCGUGCCAUCUAUCCUCGAGCCAGCUCACGUCUCGGCCCACGCCAUCAAGCCAACGUCAACAUGUGGCAUGGUCAACCCGUGGAGCUAGUCAAGCCUGCGGACAUCAAGAAACGCUACAACAAGGGCAAUGCGCAGAAGAAGGAAGGCAAACUGACCAAGGAGACUCUUGCGAUUAUGGAGGCCGAUAGGGAGGAAAAGGCCAAGCGUCCCAGAUGGGUCCAGGACGAGCCGGCCGGGUAUGUUGCUCGUGGUGAAGACUACGACGCGAAAGACCCGCGCUGCACCGCUCGACUCAUGUUCAAAAUGCCUCCGAUUGACGAGCAAGCCGAGGGCAGCGCUGCAGCCCAGGCGGCAUCUAAGAACGUUGAGUUGGUAGACAACUACAUACAACGAGCGAAGGCUUGCGCUAGGGGUAUCGGCGUUCCUCCUUUCGGGACCAAUUUUCUGGACAAAGCGCUCGAGCUUUAUACUGCGAAUAACUUCAACCAAGAUGCUGCGUUGAAGCAGCUGCAAAAGGUUGACCGGGUCAAGGACUUGCAUGAGCCAGUGCUGAGCAAGCCCGAUCUUGUCAAGUUUGAGGACGGUGUGGCCAAAUUUGGCUCCGAGCAUCGUCUCGUGCGAUUGCACAUGAAGACGCAGCUGUCAAACUCGGACAUUGUGCGAUUCUAUUAUUUGUGGAAGAAGACACCCAAGGGCCGAGAGAUUUGGGGCAACUACGGAGGUCGAAAGAAGCGCAAGGUUGAGAACGAUUCCGGAGCAAAAUUGCAGGCCGAGGUUGCACAUGAUGUGGAUGAUUCGGCUUUCGACAACGAUAAAGCGAUGAGAAAGCAUCGGGGCUUUCAGUGCAAAUUCUGCCACACUACGCACUCGAGACAAUGGCGAAGAGCUCCAGGCGUGUCUCCUGGACAGACGGCUUCGUCGGCUGAUGCGGCGCCCAAAGGCGGCAGCAAGGAUCACAAAGGCCACAGACCACUUCUAGCCCUCUGUCUGCGGUGCUGCGGUUUGUGGCGCAAGUACGCCAUCCAAUGGGAGGAACUUGACGAGGCCUCCAAGAAAAUGGCAGCCGCCGGCGGUCGCGGCCUGAAGAGGAAGUUCGAUGAGGAGCUCCUACGCGAGAUCGUUGCGGACUACGAGGCCCCCAAAUUACCAGUGCACGAGCCUGCUGUACAGUCUAUUGAAAGUGGGGAACCGCCUAAGAAGAAGUCCAAGGUCCAAGACGCCCAGGCGACCAUGGAGGCACAAAAGAAGAAGGAGAAGCCCCCACCGCCGCCUAAAGAGCCCACUCCUCCGCCACCCCCAAUCAUUCCUGCUCAGCCUAAUUGGAAGAAGCUUCCGUGCGCCAUCUGCAAGGGCUUCGAGGACACCGUCGCCUGCGCGCAUUGUAAGCUAACAGUGCACCGACGCUGCUUCGGCAUCGGCGAGAACGAGGGCGUGAGGGCGGAUGGUGGGGUCAAAUGGGUGUGCGAGCAGUGCCAGAAUGAUCGCAAUCCUACGGUGUCGACCGACUACUCGUGCUGUCUUUGCCUGACCGAGGAGACGUUGUGUGAUCUGGUGGAGCCGCCCAAGGUUUCCCACAAGAAGAAGACUGAUCGCGAGCGAGAAAAGGAGCGCCUGGAAAAGGAGCUUGCUGACAACAUGCGCCUGGAAUAUCGCAACAAGCAGUUAAACAUGAACCGCGCUUUACUGCCACGCGAACCGCUCAAGCGAACUACUGGCAAUAAUUGGGUCCACGUCUACUGCGCGGUUUGGGCACCAGAGAUACGUUUCAGUAAUUGGAAAACGAUGGAAGUCGCAGAGGGCGUUCAGCUUAUACCCCAGCAGCGGUUCGAAGCCGUAUGCAAGCUCUGCAAGAACAAGGAUCAUCAGAAUCGCGUGCGCGAGAACGCUGGUGCUUGUCUAAACUGUUUUCAGUGUAGCGCCAGCUUCCACGCAUCUUGCGCCUUCGAGGCCGGCUACACCUUUGGCUUUGACGUCACUCCUGUCAAGGGCUCGAGGAAAGAUCAAGUCACGACUGCAACGCUUGGAUCAGAAACGGGAUCGUUGACGGCCGUCAUCAUUUGCAAGGAGCAUACGGCGAAGAGCUUUAUCCAUCCGAUAUCCGAGGUUCAAGAUGACACGGGCACGACUGCUCUGCAAGUGUUUGUUGAGAAUUACAAGCAAGCAGACCUGACUCUGACGGGAACUGUGCGGAAGGCGAACUUGGCACAGCUUACUAGGGACAAGAGCCAACUGUCGGCGCUCCCUGCUCAGAAUGGCCCUCCCCGACGCGAAUCUGGCGUGCACAGCAUCGCCGCGGCCGUCAAGCGUGGUGGGAGGACGUCAACAGUGAACGAGAUGAAAGCCGACGCCGAAGAUGGUGCCACCGAUGUUUCGAGCCUCGCAGAUAUCCCCGCGGGACGUCGGUGCAUCAAGUGCGAUGUUGAUGUUACACCAAAGUGGCACGCGAUUCCGAGGCAGCAUAUGCCUGAAGAAGAUGUGCAGCCAAAUGAGGCUGCGAGACCGAUACAGCGUAGCAAUUCCAUCACGAUGGGUGGAACCAGCGAUCCUGCAGCUCCGACCGUAUCUGCAGGACAUUUGGCCAAUGCUGAUGGCCUCCUGUCAGAGGGAUCGGCACACGGACCGCCUCACGCUACUCCGGGAUCUGCACCAGCAGCAACUGUGCCGCAGCCACAGUCUCAGCAGUACGGUGGGCAGYCAUCGAUGAACGGAGAAGGGCAGCGCAGCGAGGGUCAUGCCGUACCACCCAACUGGCCAGUCUCAUCCAGCGCACAGGACGGACAGGGUCAGUCGGCUGACGAUGGAUACCACAAACACGCUCUUCCUCAAUACCAAAACCCUGCCGCGGCGCCAUCGCCCGAGCCGGAACAGGCCAAGCCACAGCUUCCUCCCGACUACAUGUGUCAUAGAUGCUUUCAGAAAGCGCCUACGCCUCCUCCAGACGAGGGUACCGUAAAAGAAGGAUCGCCGUCGCGCAGCAUUACCUCUCAGUCGGUUGCGGGUGGUCAGUCGAAACCAGCGCCAAAAUCCAUCGAGGAGCAAUUCCUCAUUUGGGAUGUGCCUCCACGUGAGCCAACCCCACCUCCCAUGCCACAACCGCAGAUGAAUGGUCACGGUCCGCCUCUCAGUUAUGGGCAGCACACACAAACUCCAUAUGACCACAUGUACCAUGCGGGACCACCAGCACCACACUAUGGACAUCAGCCAAAUGGGYACAUGCCUGGCCCUCCUCAAGGACCUCCCAUGCACGAGCGACAUAACAGUUAUGGAUAUCCGCCUCAAGGAUCUCCUCCCAUUUAUGGUCAACAAGGUUCUCCUCCUAUGCCCGCAUAUGCUCCCCAGCGACACCCCCAGAUGAAUGGAUAUCCACAGCCGAACCAACCCAUGGCGAACGGCAUGCAGACUAUGCGUGGUCCUCAGGGACCACCAAYGCACUCUCCAAGCGGGUAUCAACAUCCGCCCCCGCAUCAUCCUCCACCGCACCUGCAGCGUAACGAUAGGCCUUAUUCUGGUGGACCUCAGCAGCUGUUCCAGUACUCGCCGCCUAUGCACGCCGGUGGUCAAGACAUUCCGCCACCGCUCCAGCAGCAGCAUCCGCAGCAGCAGCAGCAACAACCGCAGCAACAACCGCAACAGCAGCCACAACAGGCUCCAGCGCCGCAGCCGCCGCCGGCCACCGCCCAAAACAUCGAUCCCCAGCUUAUGGGUGCGGGACCGCCCCCGCCCGGUCCAGGUUGGGCCCACGACUCGCAGCAGCAGCAGCCGACUACACCUAGGGGUGGCCCAGUGAAUGGUGCUCCUCCCGGGCCCGGCGGGAAUGGUGCGAGCGCAAGCCCCAGCCUGGCAAAUCUGAUACACUAG